GGCCAGGGGAGAGAGUACAGAGUCAGCAGCAUCGGUAGGGUCAGGGCAAUAAAAGAGAGGGAAAUCAUAACUCACCGAUGAGACCAAGAUGAGGGGCCAGAGGCCAAAGCGGCUGCUGCCAGCGUAAGCUGCAAAGAACAAAAAAAGGAGAGAGUUGUAGGGACGCCUGGGUCAACGUGCGACCCCAAAAUGGAGCCUUUGGAGGUGGCACCCAAGGGAGAGGUGACCAAAGAGGGGGACCCCAAAGCCGAGUCCUCGAAGGCGGGGAGAAUGAAGGCUGGGACCACCAGGAGUCACAGCCAACAUGAUGGAGCCUCCCGCCGGGCCUCCAGCAUGGACCUGCGGACCACCACCAAGUCGCUGGUGAAGCUUUGCGAGGACAACGCCGCCUUCUUCGCCAGCCAGGGCCCCGGCGAGACGGCCCGGAGGCUGACCCAGGUGUUCGCCGGGGUACGCGAGCAGGCCCAGGAGCUGGAGCCGGCCCUGAUCCGCCUGAUGGACGUGGCCCCCCACUUCGACCUGGACCGGCAGACCCAGGCCAACGGCUACCGCAGCCUGGUGCACACGGCCCGCUGCUGCCUGGCCCACCUGCUGCACAAGUCGCACUACGUGGCCACCAGCUGCCGCAGCAUCUUCUUCCGGGCGGGCCACAACCUGGCCGAACUGGAGGCCUACUUGGCGGCCCUCACCCAGCUGCGGGCCCUGGCCUACUUCGCCCACCGGCUCCUGGCCACCAACCGGCCCGGCCGCCUCUUCUUCGAGGGCGACGGGGGGCUGAGUGCCGAAUUCCUGCGGGAAUACGCCACCCUGCACAAGGGCUGCUUCUACGGGCGCUGCCUCGGCUUCCAGUUCACUCCCGCCAUCCGGCCCUUCCUGCAGACCAUCUCCAUCGGGCUGGUGUCCUUCGGGGAGCACUACAAGCGCAAUGAGUCUGGCAUCGGCGUGGCGGCCAGCUCCCUGUUCACCACUGGCCGCUUUGCCCUUGACCCUGAACUCCGCGGGGCCGAGUUCGAGCGCAUCACCCAGAAUCUGGAUGUGCAAUUCUGGAAGGCCUUCUGGAACGUGACCGAGAUCGAGGUGCUGUCGUCUCUGGCCAACAUGACUUCGGCCACGGUGCGGGUGAGCCGGGCACUCAGCCUGCCCCCCGACGCCUUUGAGAUGCCCCUGGCCGCCGACCCGCAGCUGAGUGUCACCAUCACUCCCCCCGUGGCCCACAGCGGCCCCGGCCCGGUCCUCGUGCGCCUCAUCUCCUACGACCUGCGUGAGGGACAGGACAGCAAGGAGCUGAACAGCCUGGGGCGGAGCGAGGGAUCCCGGAGCCUGGAGCUGCGGCCCCGCGCCCGCUUCGCUCCCCGCUCUCGCUCGCUGGUGAUACACAUCCACGGGGGCGGUUUUGUCGCCCAGACCUCCAAGUCCCACGAGCCGUACCUCAAGGGCUGGGCCCAGGAGCUGGGCGCCCCCAUCCUCUCCAUCGACUACUCCCUGGCACCCGAGGCCCCCUUCCCCCGGGCCCUGGAGGAGUGCUUCUUCGCCUACUGCUGGGCCCUCAAGCACUGCCACAUCCUCGGCUCGACAGGGGAGCGGGUGUGCCUGGCGGGAGACAGCGCCGGGGGGAACCUGUGCUUCACCGUCUGCCUGCGGGCAGCCGCCUACGGCGUGCGACUGCCCGACGGCAUCAUGGCCGCCUACCCUGCCACCCUGCUGCAGGCCUCGGCCUCACCCUCCCGCCUUCUCAGCCUCAUGGACCCCCUGCUACCCCUCAGCGUCCUGUCCAAGUGCCUCAGCGCCUACGCCGGUGCGGAGCCCGAGGAGGAAUCGGACCCGGGGCAAGAGGCGCUGGGGGUGAUGGGACUAGUCAAGAGGGACACGGCCCUGCUCCUCCGGGACCUGCGGCUCGGGGCCUCGGCCUGGCUCCAAACCUUCCUGGAGCUGGGGGGCCGGGCUGAGAGCCAGGGCCCCCCUGCUGCGGCUGACUCCCUGAGGCGCAGCGUGUCGGAAGCGGCCCUGCGGGAGCCUCGCGGCCCGGACCCCCGCGACUCGCACAAGAGCCUGACGUGCCAGGACCUCAGCCUGCUCGGCGACCCCGGGCCCCCGCCCCCGCCCCGCCACGACGUCAGCUUCUUCCUCAGCCAGCCGCCCGAGGACCCGCCUGAGGACCCGCCCGCCGCCGAGGAGGAGGAGGAGGAGGAGGCGGCCCCCCCGCCCGGCGGAGCGGGGCUCACCUUCCCCCCGGGCUUCGAGCCCCGCCGCUCGGACCAGGGCGAGGCCCGGCUGGCCCUGCAGACCUCCCCCAUCGUCAAGAACCCCUUCAUGUCCCCGCUGCUGGCGCCCGACGGCAUGCUCAAGGGGCUGCCGCCCGUCCACAUCGUGGCCUGCGCGCUGGACCCGAUGCUGGACGACUCGGUGAUGUUCGCGCGGCGGCUGCGGGCCGUGGGCCGCCCGGUGACGCUGCAGGUGGUGGAGGACCUGCCCCACGGCUUCCUGAGCCUGGCCGCCCUGUGCCGCGAGACCCGCCAGGCCACCGCGCUCUGCGUCGACCGCAUCCGCCAAAUCCUCACCGUCCCCGACGCCCCGCUGAAGCACCUCAAGCUGGAGCGCAGCCGCCCCGACGCCCGCCAGGCCCAGAGCCCCAGGUCCUCGGUUACACCCCAACCGUCCUCCGCCAAGCCCCACACCCCACCCGGUUGAGCCCCCUGCCCGCCGGGGCCGGGGGAGGGAGGGCGGGCGGCCAAGCCCUGAACUAAAGGCCUCUGGUUCUAUCUGUGCUGUGGAUUCUGGUGAUGCUCUAGGAGGGAGGGCGGCCAAGCCCUGAACUAAAGGCCUCUGGUUCUAUUUGCACUGUGGAUUCUGGUGAUGCCCUAGGGGGACACGGACAAACCCUCCCUCCCCUCCACCCCCAGGCUCCCCAAAUCCCCUGAGCUGAAGCACAAGGGCCUGGGUGGGGGGCCCACUCCCACUCCCCUAGGGAGUGUGGGGGGGCCCUGCCCUAGCCCCCACCCCCAGUUCCCCUCUACCGCCAGCCUCAACAACUCCCUAAAGGGCGUAGGGCCCAGGGGGAGGACAUUCCCACCCUCUGGGCCCCUGUCGACUGGGCCUGACCCCCAAGAUGCUCCUGUCGCCCCGCUGUAACGUGGGGAGGGGAGCCCCAUCCUCCCAGCCCAGCCCUGCCUUGGGAGUCUCCAUCCCUUCUGCCUGCUGCUGCUGCUGCUGCGGGGCCCGGGGCCCCUGUGUAAAUAAAAGUAUUUAAGAAGCCCCCACCCGAAAGGACGCCCACCUUUAGUCCGGCCA